AAGGUCCUGGUAGCGGAGUCGGUGAAGUCUGCGACGCCAGUUGCGGCCUUGCGUUCCCGGACCGUGGGCGAUGGAGAACGGAGCGGUCUACAGAUCCACGACCGAGGCGCACCCGGGGCCCACCAGAGGCGCCCGGAGCGGCCUUGUCGCUUACUUCAACCUGCGCCGGCUCAAGGGGACCCGGCUAAUCAUCAAACUCCUUCAGCUGGUGCUGUCUCUGUUGGCCUUUAUCUGUGAGGAAGUUGUGUCACAAUGUACUUUGUGUGGAGGCCUUUACUUUUUCGAAUUUGUAAGCUGUAGUGCCUUUCUGCUGAGUCUCCUUAUGCUGAUUGUGUACUGCACUCCAGUUUAUGACAAAGUUGAUCCCGCAAAAGUCAAGUCAUCGGAUUUUUAUAUUACUGUGGGAACAGGAUUGGUGUUUUUGGUGGCAUCCAUCUUAUUCGCUUUGACACAUGACAGUACCCCGGCUGAACUUGCUGCAAUUGUGUUUGGAUUUCUAGCAAGUUUUGUGUUCCUGUCUGACUUUUUCCUUAUGGUCUAUGAAAAACGUAAGGAGCCCCAGCCAAGAAAACCUGAGGCUACUGUUAAUGAACCACUUAAUGCUCAGGGACUCUAGGGAACAGGUGUUACGUUGCUACUGCGUGGUGCCUGAGCCCUGGCAGAAGCUCUUGUAGAGUCUGUCAUUAUUAAACCACUUCUUUUGGAGCGCAAGGCAGAAAGGCAGUUUGAUCAGUAUUGAUUGGACUGUGUGUCAGUCACCACAAAUUGGGCCAGAGGGCUUUUUGUUUUAAAAAAUAUAUGUAUAUUUUUUGGUAACAGUUGAAACUUCUGUCAGAUGAAGUUUUGUUUUGUUUGGAGGUGAGGGCAAUUGUUUGUUUAAAUCACAUAGCUCAACUGAUGAUAAAUUAUUCUGUCAUUGUUACUAGGCUUAGCUUUCAAAUUAUGCUUUAUAGCUGUAUAAACAGCAUGAUUAAGUUUAUCCAUUUAGAAAUGGUUUCAUUUUUAAAUUAACUUGCUUAACUAUAACUUUGCUUUUUGAUGACUUGAUAAAAUUUAAUGUAUAUUUAAGAGAUCAAUAUUUUAAAUGUUGGUCUAGGUUUUUUUCCUUAAAAUGUAAAACCCAGUCUUUACUGUAUCUCACUCAGACUUAAAAUUAUACUGUAACAUUUUAGGAUAAUAAUAAUUGACUCUUUCUGAGACCUUUUAUAGCUUAAUAGAAAAUGUAUGGGAGAUGUUGAUAUUUUACAUGUUACAAAAGCAAUAGCAUCAGUAACCCCAUGUUCAUACUGUACUUUGCUUGUCAAUAUCUUGUAAAAAAAAAGAUCUUUAUAUAGAAAGAUAGAAAAAUGGAAGAAACUGCUAUCAUGACUAAGGACCAAAGAAAGAUAAGAUACACUUUUGCACAAUGCAGUGAAAGUAGUUAUAAAAGUAGGCCUCAACCACUUCCAGAUGCCUGAAGAGAUGAGUUCAUACUAGAAGACAGAAAAUGGUUUGCUCCCUUUUGCCAUAUGAUUAUUUCUACUGAAGUUAAUACAGCUCUGCAGGUUCUGUUCAGUGUUUUCUUUGGAGCCAAUCUUCUUUUAAAACCCCAAUCUUUGAUUUUUGAUUUGAGAGCCUCCCUCUUCUGUCUCCUUAUAAGAA